ACGAAAGCAGCCAAAGACCUCCCAUCUCGUCCCUGCGAUCCGCGACAGCAUGGAAGUGGACCGUGGGAAGACGAAGCUGAAGGAGCUCAUCCAAGACGUGCAUGCUGCAUGCGGCGAGGGGCUCUACCAGAGCUGCCUCUCCCGACGAUCCAUGGCCUGCUGCUUCCUCCGCGAGACCGCCGACAUGGACACGGCUUCGACGAGCGUUCUCGACAAGCGCAUCUUGGACCUUGUCGCUGCCGAUAUAAAGCCUACCGCGGAAGGCGCCGAUGUCGAGCCAUCCGCCGAGCUGCUGAAAGACGAUAGCCUCGACGUCGACCUCACCGAGCCGCUGGUCAUCUUGAAGAACGCCGAGCCCGUCUUGUACCAAGCGGUCUCUGGCUUCCUGCGCCAGUCCAAGACCAAGGGUCACGUCACCAAGGAAGAGUUGCUCUUCUUGGAGCUCCUCGUGCUCCUCAAAGCGUCGUUGCUGCUUCCAAAAUCGACGAGCGAGGCCAAGGCGCGCGAUCUUGCCGACCGCGUGCGGACGGCGCUCGCCGCACUCGAGGACAGCACUGCCCAACUCAAUCUGCACGAACUUCGCGACAAGGCGCGCUCCGACAUUCGCACCGAGAACGACGCGUACAAGCGCUUGCAGUGGGUCCCAUUGGACGGCGCCGCGUCUGCGGCGAUCACGAUCGACGACGACAACACGCUGCAUGCGACACCGUCCUUAUCCGAGUCCACGACGCUGGCUGCCGUUGCUUGCGUCGUCACGCGUGGUCCGUUUCGCUACACACUCUCGACGACGACGGCCAUCGAGACGGGCCUGCGUGUCGGUUGGAUGGCGCCGGGGCGACGCUGCCACACCGUUGGGCUCGGCGAUGACAUGGAAUCGAUCGGCUUUGACGGCCGUCACAUCUACCGCGACGGUGCCAUCGUCGCUACGUCGACGGAGGCGUCAAGCGCGUGGAGCUCGCUUACGGUGGUGAUCGACGGGACGACCGGCGUCGUGUCGUUCUCGACCCCACUUGCGACAACAACGGCAGUUGUCGCACCGUUGACGGCGUGGACACCAGCGCUCAGCGUUGGACACCGCGGGUUCCAGUCGCUCUUGUCGACACCGCGCAGCAGCGUGUAUGCAAGUGUGUGGCAGCAACUCGGGUUCCAGCCACCUGUGCCCACGGUCGAGGCGACCGCGGUCGGCGGUGUCCCGCUACUGCCUGCGCCGUGCACCGAGUUUUACCCCGAGAUGGGCACCAGCGUCCGCGUCGGUCGCAGCGUGCAGUUGUCGCCGUCAGCGUGGACGCUCUCGUUCUUCAUCUACCCGCUGCCGCUGCAGGACGGGUCCGAGCCGCGGCCGUGGCGCACGAUCUGCCUCAAGGGCCAGGACGCCUCGAUGCAGCGCACGCCAAGUGUCUUUCUGAGCUGCGACCGACUGCUCCUCGCGGUGUGUGUCUCGACCGCGUCCGACUGGAACUCGACCGUGGUCUCGUCGGCGCCGCUUGCAACGCACCGCUGGACGCAUGUCGCAAUCGUGUGUGACGACCUCACGCUGCGCUUGGUGCUCAACGGCAAGGAGGACCGGAGCUUGACGCUGGCCGACAAGGUGCUCCACAACACCCAUCCGUUCCAUUUUGGUAAGACGCCGGUUGGCGUCAAGAAGGCGACGACCGACUACAAGGGCUUUCGUGGGUACCUGCACCACGUGCAGCUGCACGAAACCAAAGCGCUCUCGGUCAAGGAACUGUCCAAGUUUGUCGCGAGUAAGAAGGCGUCGCUCGAGGCACUGCACGUAUCGCGCGAGAGCACGGUGGUCGGGACAGCCCCAUCGAAUGCGCUGCGCCUCGAGACCACGUAUGCGCCACAACCCGCUCUGGAUGUCGCCUACGCGCCGUCGACGGGCGGACCUCUGCUUGUGCCGGCGCGCCUUUUCCAAGCCUGUCCCAAGUGGCCACACGCCUUUCACUGCGAGGCCAUUGUCCGCUACACACACCAUCCACAGUUCCAAGUCGUGCUCGGGUGCUUGGAGUCUGCCGGUCCUUCGUACCUCUUUGUCUUGGGGGUCACGCCGACCGGGCGUCUCUGCUUGCGGUCGCGCGAACGCAAGUUUGCCACAGCCCAGCGCUACCUCUGCGACAACACCGUGCACAAGAUUGGGCUCAGCUUUACGACCGACCGCGUCGUCUUUUACGUCGAUGGCGUCGCUGUCGAACGGGUUGUUUCGAGUGGCGCGUCGCUCGAUCCGAACGGUCUGAGUCUGUCGCUGGCGUUUGUUGUCGGCGGCGCGCCGAGUGUGCCGAGCUUUGCGCCGUGGCAGGGCGACGUGCGUCUCGUGCGCGUUUUGGCGAGUCCGCCCUGCGAGAAGCAGCCGCCAAGAGACGUGGCACGGUACGCGUUCGUUCAAGGCCGUGGGACCAUUGUCCACGAUACCACGGGGCGUGUCCCGCUCUGGCAUGGCUCGCUUGCCUCGGACGCGGGGUGGACGACGCAGCCGGACGCGGCGGGGCAUGGCAUCGUGACGACGACGACGACAGCCAUACCGGAGACGAACCUGCCUGGCCAGAUUCUUGCCGCCCUCGAGCCGCGUGCGGCGGCCACGAUUGCGUCGCUGCGUGUCAAGCACCUGUCGUUGGCGUUGGGUGCUGUCGACGUUGUGUCGUCGGUCGUGUGGCCGCACGUGCUGACGUUCCUUUUGCUGCAUUCGGUGCUGGCGCAGUGGAUGCAGGAGAAGGACCUUCUCGAUGGUCCGCAGGUGUUCGGGCUCUUGCGCGUCUUGCGGGCCAACUUUGCGCCGCUGAGUUCGCACUCGUCUACGUCCCUCGGGCUGCCGCCGGCCAGCGUCGGCCUCGGUAUGCAAACGUCGUCGUCGUCGUCGUCGUCGUCGUUUGCGGAGCGCUUACGUGACAUGUUGUUGCGUUGCGAGACGGUUGAUUGGUAUGACGAUGACAUGAACGACGCUGUGCGCGCCGAAGCGAUUCUGGCGCAAACCGCCGGCCUUGAAGUGUUUUGCCCGACACCGCUGGCCCGCGCCGAGCUCCUUUUGCGGCUCUUGACAUGCGUCGACGCCCCAGCGUUGCGUCUCGACACGCUCUGCGACACGCUGACGUCGACGCCGCAUUUGCUCGCGCAGUGGAUGCCGGCCAGUGACGCGCCAUCGUCGUCGUCAUUGCUCUUCCCGUGGGCGCUCGAUGCCGUCAAGCGCAGUCUUCUCGACACGAGCGACGACAACAUCCCGCUCAUCACGAAGGCCGAGGUCAUUAGCGUGCUCGAGAAACUCCCGCGCAUGCCAUCGCUGGACGCGACAUCACCGGCCGAGCAACUCGUUGUCUUGUACGAAGAGUGGCAGCGCUUCUAUGUGGCGAGUACGCUGGCCGUGCCGAUCGAGACGACCAAAACGAUUUUGAAAGCGCUGCUGACUGCGUCGACGCAUGGAACAUCGUCGGCACGGUCGCUCUUGGUGUCGCUCCAAGACCGUUUACUUGCCGACUUGCGGCGGCACUGGACACCGUGCACCGUGUCGCGCCUCUUGCAGUGGCACGACGACACGCGCUUCUUCAAGGUCGUCAACUGCCCUAUUGGUGUGCGCGAGACGCCGAACGUCAAGGCGCCCAAGACAGGCCGCACGCUCAGCAUUGGCCAACUCAUCGAGACCAAGAACGUGCUCCAGUACCCAAACGACUCUGUACAGUACGUCGAAUUGCUCACGGGUGGCUGGGUCUUUGACGUCGACCCGACCGACGGAAUGCUGCUUCUCGACGAGCACGCGGCCAACAAUGCGCAGCUGACACAGCGCGCCUACUCGCUCACAGCACUGCUCGACGGACAGGCCAAGGCGACCGCAUCACCGCUGGGCGGGCACUUGCGCUUUGAAGGCGCGUCGGACGAGAAGCUCCAAGUUUUAGCCGAUGGCUUGAGUGUCACCAACACGAUGGGCGGAGCGUGGCGCACGGCGUUGGGGUCCAAGACGUUUACGCGAGGGUCGGGCGUGCACACGUGGCAAGUGACGGUAACCCAGGUCCAGAACAUUGGCCAGCUCUUUCUUGGCAUUGCGUCGACUGCACCAUCAUCGUCCACGGCGCGGUCGUAUGUCGGUAGUGAUCCCAGUAGCUACGGCUGGCAGCUCACUGGCGACUGGUACCAUGUGGGGGUUCGCACCAAGUCGGCGCAUCUGCCGUUCCUCGGCGCGGCGCCGAUCGUACUCGACAUGAAGCUCGACUCGACCGCGGGAACCCUUCUCGUGGUCAACACAGCGUCGAAUGCGCCCGUGGGCCCUGCGCUUGUGCUCGACUUGGUCGCCGGCGAGGCGUACGCGCCCGCGGUCUCGCUCUGCAACGCGCACGACAGCAUUGCCUUUUCGACCUCGGUCGUGCCUCUUGGUGGUGAGGCAAUCACGGUCGACGGCCGGAAUGCCCCGCCAAGCCUCGAGCCGACACCGCUGGCCGCCUUUUACGCCAAGACGCUGCUUGCGGCGUGCAAGCCAGCGCCAGCACGGCAAGCACUGUCGUCGCUGUUGACGCCGGUCGUCGCGUCCAUGCUGUGCUGGUCGAACGUCGACGACGAGCCGUUUGUCCUCGACACGAUCGACGAGAUUUUGCUGCAAGAGCCUUCGAGUAUGUCGUCCAGUGACGAGUCGGACGCGCGCCUCUUGCUCGCGGGGCUCGGCGGCCACUUGUACGGGCAGCUCAUUGGCGCCUCGCCCGAGACACACAUUGACGAGGCCGACGCGCGUUGGCUCCGGUCGCCGCUGUUUCAAGCCGGGUUGUCGUCGAGCAAACCGUCGACGUCGGCGUUCUUCAAGCAGCUCAUGGACGGCCUCCACCCGGCUUUUGACAAGUGGGUGCUCAAGUUUGCCAACGCAAGCCCGCUCGUGGUGCGCAUGGGCGGUGCGAGUCUGGAGAAGGCGAUCCGCGCCGUGCUCGGGUGUAUGCUGUACCACUGCGGCAUGAGCUCGUAUGCCGAGUUUGAGGACAAGGCCGCCGGUACCAAGACGUCGCCGGCGCCCAAGCCGCUUCGGUCGCUGUGGCAAAAGGCGUACGAGCUCAAGGCGUAUGCACUUCGGCUCAAGAACUCACACGGACUAUCGUACGACGAGAUUGCCGCCACGCUAUUGGCCAAGGUGGACUUUUUACUGCAUUUGAGUCCAACCAAAGCCGACGAUGGCAUUGGUGUCUACUACCACGAGCUGCCGACGCUCGUGCGCAAGAUCUCGAUGGGCAAGCGCAGCAGCUCGUUUGACGCGGACGAGACACCGGACGCCAGCCUCCGUGACGUCGACGCCGAGAUCAUUGCAAGCAUUGCGGCGUUUUGCCGCAGCGACUGCAAUCUGAAAAAGCUCAGCGAGCACCUUCAGAGCGCGCAGGCCAUGGCGCUCCAGCGUGCGCACGGCCUUCGCCGCGUGACCAAGCUCGUCUCGGCGCUGCGUCUGCCGUGCAAAGCGGCGAUUUUGCUCCAAGUGGUCGCUGCGAUCCGUGCGGUCGACGUGUGGCACUACUCGUCGGGCAUCUCGGGCUGUCCGUAUGCGCUCCAGCACGACGUGCGCUGUGCGUUCGAAGGCUACUACAAUGCCCUUGUGCGGCACCUCUCGGUCGCAACGACACAGCCGACGAGCUGGCAGCUGCUUUUGCUGGACGCGCUCGGCGUGCGCAUUUUGCCCGAUGACCACGCACUCGUCGCGGCCGGCCGCGUCUUUCACGUGCUCCAAGAGCUCCUCGAUGUGGGCCGCGCCGACGUCCGCCAAGCAACGAUGAAGGUCGUGUACCUCUUGGCCGUCCAGGUCGCGAGCGAAGGCGACGGCAACCCGAACCAGGCCCUCGCACCGUCGCACGUUCUGACGCCGCCACACUUCAAGCGGCAGCUCUCGGGGCCCCAAACGCUGAGCUCGGCCGUGUUUGACAUGCUCUACAACGAACUCUCGCUCGUCGUAUGUCGCCUUCUCGAGUCGCACAAGACGUCGCGCACGACGUAUGCGCUCGACGUGCUCGGGGAGAACCCGAGUUUGUUGGGGAUUUUGUCGCUGCUCCAGUUUGUGUCGUCGUCGCCGGCGUGCAAUGCGUCACUCGCAACGACGCCGUGGCUGUCGAUCUUUGUGACGAUUGCCUGCUUUGGCGUGACUGAGCCGCAAGUCCGGUCGAUGCAACUCCUCUCGACGCUCCUUCCCGUGUGCAACCCCGUGGUGGUGACGCUCGAGCUGCCGUUUACACUGGAAGGACUCGUCGCGACGCCGUCAAGCGUGCGGGGUGCCGCCGACUUGGUUCGCUUUCUCGUCCGAGCGGUUGGCGCACCGCUCCACGCGCCGCCGUCGGAGACCCUCCCGCGCUCGAGCCGAUCGGCGCUCUCGCUGGCGUCCGAGAGCGUGAGCCUCCUCCGCGUUUUGCUGGCGGAAGCGGCGUGGCAUCCGCUUGUGCUGGAGAUUUCCCAAAGCAUGUUUCGGUCGGACGACGUCACGCUGCAAAUCGGCGUCCUUGGCGUCCUCGGGUCGUUUGUCGAGCCGAUUCGGUACGGUGGGUACGCUAUCCUGCCACAGCACGACGGUAUGGUCAUGCUGCUCGACCCGACGUGCGACUUGGGCAGCGCCACCGUGCUCUGCGACCACGCAUCGACGCCCGUGUCGACGGCCGAGAUGACGACAGUGCCCAAGCACACGCUGUCGCUCACGAUCUUGUCGGAUGCGUUUGUCGACGCCAUCCUCGAGUCGACGGCCAACGCGUUGCUGGCGCCCAUGCCCAGCGACGCGCUCUUUCUGCACCUCCUGCACGUCGCCCACCGCCUCUUUUGCGAGCAUCCGACGCAGCUGUUUGACAUUGUCGCCAAGAGCCCCGUGAUUGCACGCAAGGUCUUUGAACUCGGUGGCCUUCUCUCGACGUCGAGCGGACUCCCGAGUCUUCCGCUCGUCGAAGCCAAGUUUGAGAUGCUGCAAGCGCUCCAGUACAACCAAGUGUAUGGCAGUGUGCGUGACGGUCUGUACCCGUUGCCGGCGUUCUCCGAGGCGCCGCCGCCGACGCCGACCGACGACGUUGCCGUCACCGUGUGCAACGUGGCCUUUGACGACGGAUUGCUUUGCACGCUCAAGCAAGUCUCGACGUUUGAUACGCCGGUUGGCAUUGGGUCGGAUGCGAUCCAGUGGCUCGAAGCGCUACUCAAUCACAUGCUCUUCAAGACUGUCGAGAGCCUCUUGAGUGUCUGGACCACGAUCGAGCGCAGUGCGGCGACGCGACUGGAUGCUCAGACUGCUGUCGAGACAGUCUACCGGGAAAUUGCGCUGCCCGAGAUGCUCCAAGCGGCGUGUGCCGAAGCCAACGAAUGGCUCUCGAACCGCGACCAUUGGGGCGUCGAGUGGGGCGUCCACGAGACGCGGAUCGUCGACUACGUCGUGGCGCAGCUCGAGAUGGCGAUGCCGGGCACGGGCGCAGCGUGGCGGGACACGUGCAACGCGCUGCAGCUGGGGCCGUACCUCUGUGCGACGUGCGAGUGCUUGGCGGCCGACGUGCUUAGCCUUGCGAUCGAGGUCUCGCGGCGGCACGAACAAGACCCGCCGUUGAUUUCGCUGGCGUUUGUGCUGCAGGCCAUGCACGACGACGAAGAGCUACACCGCUUGCUCGAGUACCACGAGGCGUUUUUGCGAUCGGGCCCAACGCCCUUGCACCGCGAUCAACGGUCGUCGGCCGACCGCGUCCUCGAUGUGCGGCUGCAGUCGAUGAUGACGAUGGGGUUCCCCGAAGCGUGGUGCAAGCGCGCGCUCGAAGAGUCCAACCACGAAGUCAACACGGCGCUCAACUGGAUUCUGAGCAACGGCCACUUGCUGGACGCGCCCACAAACGACGCAAUGACGACGCUGGUGACGCCAGAGACGCCGGGGACGCCGGGCACACCGCGCGAGCCGGCGCCCAAUCUCGAGUGUGAGCCGAUCGACGACAUUGGGUCGCGUCACGUCCUGACGGACGCAACAACCGUGGACGUCUCGGGGUCGGCGUAUACAGCUUUGUGGGCCUUGACCAACGCGCUUUCGACGGUCGUGACGUUCUCGGUGCAAGCGACGAGCGAUGUGACGCUGGGUCUCUUUGCGUCGCUGGACGAAGCUGCGGUGCACGAAGUGGUGUUGGGUGCCAAACACAAUACGCUGCUCGAAGUCUACGACAUUGCGGCGGGUAGCUCGGAGAAGCGGCUUCUGGCGAGUGACACGGGUGCGUUCUGUGAUCCCUCGUAUGCGGUGCCGUACUGGCUGGUCGUGACGCGGACGCGUGUGCACCUCGGCUAUGGUCAUGUCGUUGCGCGCGCCAGCAUGCUUCUCGAGUGGGCCGCGCCGCGCCUCUCGCACGUCUCGUUCGCAACACUCGGGCAACCCGCGGUGGUGUCGGCCAUUCAGUUGCGCGCUCAUGUCGACGACGGUCUUGCGUCCUCGGGGAUCGAGGCCGCACUCGCGCGACGCCACUGCAUUCGACCGCUUGACGACCCCGAGCAGCUCUCAGACAUGACGUUUUGCUUUCAUGACGAGACGCCGUCGAGUUCGAACUACGAGCGAGAGCAUGUGUUCCACCCGUGGGCGCCGGCGUCGUCGCGGGUCGGGUUUGCCGAGCGCGCGGCCAAGUUUUCAGCCGACGAGCUCGCAAGUGACGUGCUCGCAACGUCGACGACGCUCCGUGUGCUGUAUGCGCGUCGGCUCGGUGUCGGUGUUCUCGCAGCGUGCAAGGACGACAUUCCGGUGCUGCUCGACGUCUUUGACGGGCACGAAGAUUUGUUUGUGCCGUUUGUGAGCCUCGUUGCGCACCGGGCGUGGGUGAGCGACUUUGCGACGGCGCCGACGCGGUCGCCGCUGGGAACGACGCGCCUCACGACGCCCGAGCUGCUCCGGCCGACGGUGCGUGCGCUCUGUGCGACGGCAAACCCGCUCCGAAGUGCGAUUACAGCGUUUCUUGGCGACCAGAUGGACCGAUUUUUGCGGGAUGGACACCAAGGCACGCUCUCGUGGCGGCACGCGCACAGCGACAAGCUCGACGCGUACUUUGGCAACGACGCCGACUUGCGCUUCCUCGGGCUGCUCACGUCCUGGCUCCUUGAGAGCGACGAGGCCAUUGCACUCACGCCGACGAGCGUGGCCUACGAUCUGUACUUUAUCUGGGUCAAAGCGCUCCAGGCGAGCCAUCUCGAAGUGCAGCAAAAGGCUCUCCAAGUCCUCGGACGCAUGCUCUUGCGCGCGCUCAACGACACGACCGUGUCCAGUGACGUGCGCGUCGCGCUUCGGCGUGCGCUCUCGGUGACGUACCUCGAGGAGAAUGUCCGUCGGCUUUUGGCGUUUGAAGACGAAGUGUACCCGCUCUACUCGCGGUACUUUCAAGCGCACAUGGAGCUCGUCUCGGUGCUACAGCGCUUUCCGGCGCCGGCGACGCCCAUCAUGCGGUACGCGCUGCGGUUCAAAGGCGGCUGCAGCUACGUGGGGCUUGCGACCGACGACCUCUUGCCGCCGUGGACGGCGCAGUACUGCCUCUCUCCCGAACGCGGCGGCGCCAAGGCGAUUCUUGCGUCGUCGACCAACGGCUGCAUUGCGCUGCGCUCGGUCGAGCACGCUGGCGUGAGUGUUGUGAGCUACCGUGAGCCGAGCUCGACGACGGCGUUUGAAACGAUGGUGCCGUACGAUACGUGGUCGGUGCUCAGCCUCGUCGCGUCGCCGACGCAGGUGACGCUAUAUCUCAACGGUGUCCGAGUUGCGACGCAAGCAGUAACCGGGUUUGCGCUCCCGAUGCAGUUUAUCGGCCACGACAUGUAUGGCGUCCGCGGCCGCAUUGCCAAUGUCCGGUACUUUAACGCCGCACUCGGUGACGCCCACAUUGCUGCGCUCUCGGCGCUCGAUCUGCACCAGUGCAGCAGCGUCGGCGAUGAUGCGGUGUCCAGUGCCAAGACGACGGACGACUUGGUCCCCGCGCUGACGAUCGCGGGCCACUGGCCGCUCCAGGAAGGCGCCGGGGCGCACGUUUACGACGUAAGCGAGCACUUGAACGAGAGCGCGAUUGUCGGCGCCAGCUGGACGUGUGCGCCGUCGCACACGAUCGUACCGCCCAAGGUCUUGUCGCUGCCGACCUCGAACGUCGUCUUUUCCGGCGCCGGGACGUGGACACGCGACGCUUGCGCGGCGCUCGGGGGUCCUUGGAGCCAAUCGCGAUCGAUGGCCUUUUUCCUCGAGCUGUACGCCACGUCCUCGACGUCAUCGUUGUCGUCGUAUGUCGUCAUGGGGCGUCUCAUCCUCAACGCCCGCAUCACGUGCAUUGUAUGUGGCCAAGCGACGCAGGACGGCGAAUUGUCGUUUGCGAUCGAGAGCCUUCGCCAAGAUAUCAAGGAAACGUACUCGCCGCUCGAGUGGAUGGCGCACAUGCGCUUCUCGGGCCGCCACCGCGCGGGGCAGCUAAUCGGCGCGUGGACCACGACAUUGGCCCAGACCGUUGUCACGUCGCUGCCGACGGCCAUGUCGUUCUUGCCGUCGUGCAGCGACGCGAUCGAAGUGUUUGACGGCGGCCGACGGGUGCAGAGUCUCCUGCGCAAAGGCAAGAAGCGCGCGGGGCUCGUCUUUUGCGCGUUUGGAGUCGACGCGAUGACCAAGCACUGGCACGCCUCGCCGUCGCCCGAUCUCUCGCUGGACCAACAGCUUUUCGUGCAGAACCGCACCGAUACGUUCAUCACGGUGCGCGUGCACGGUCUUGUGACACACGGCAAAGUGUACUAUGAGCUCGUGCUGCAGUCCAAGGGUCUCAUGCAGCUCGGGUGGGCGAGUCCUGGCUUCCGCCCGGCGUUUACGACCCACGGCGUCGGCGAUCACUUUGGCUCGUUUGGCGUCGACGGCAAGCGCCGUAAGAAAUGGUGCAACACGGGCCACGCGUACGGGUCCGAGUCGUGGAGCUGGACCAAUGGCGACGUCCUCGGCGUCCUGCUCGACAUGGACGCGCGCGAAAUGCGGUUCACGCACAAUGGCGUCGACCUCGGGCUUGCGUUUGCCGAAGCCGACUACGCCCAAGUGCCAUGGAGUGCCGGGCUGUACCCGGCGGGCAGCUUCUCGAGCGGCCAAGGCGCCAAGAUCAACGUGGGCCACACACCGUUCCAGUUUGCGCCGCCUCCGGGGUUUGUGGCAGUGGCGUCGGUCGUCGAUGUCUCGCACGUCGACGUGUUCAACCACCGGACCAAGCAGUUUGCACCGGUAUGUGCGCACCAUCGGGUCACGUCGCGUGUGGCGCCACCGCCGCCGUCGCUUGCCCGCGGGUCGAUCCACUGGGAGGUUGAGAUCACGGCGCUGCAAGCCACGGACGGUCUCCGUGUCGGGAUCGCGACGCCGAGUGCCGACCCGAAUGGUCUUCUCGGCGGCGACGCGUACGGCUGGGGCUUUUGCGCGACCGGCAAGACGUACCACGCUGGCCACAGCCAGCGGCUUGCGAGCACCGGGUUUGCACAAGGCGACGUGGUCGGCCUCGAGCUCAACAUGGACCUCGGGACGCUGGUCGUGUAUCGCAACGGGCUUCUCCUUGGCACGGCUUUCUCGAAUCUGCACUUGUCGCUGCCGAUGCAGUGCUUUGUCAACGGUACCAACGGCUUUGUGCCGUGCAUCAGCGUGUAUCGACCGCAGACGAGCGUGUUUGUGCGCGGGCUCAAGCACGGCCGCGGCGAGCUCCGGUACCCGCCGAGCCACAGCCACGAGCGCUUUCUUGGGCACUGGGCGCACGGGCGUCGACACGGCCUCGGACAGCUCACGCUGCGCGAAAAAGAGGGGUACUACCUCGGGCACUGGGUCGCCAACCACCUCGAGGGCGUCCCGGCGUUUGUUGCGCCACAUCCGCUCUGCGUCUCGACACUGUACCCGUCGGUGUGGAAGACGCUGCGUUUCCAGCGCGCGGUUGACCAUCCGACGCAAACGACCCGCACCCAGCGCUUUCUCAAGGGCAAAGUGGUCUCUGAGGACGUCACGGACGCCGACGUGGCUGCGGAACCGCUCCCGAGCGCGCUGCCGGUGAUUGAUCUCUUGGCGGAUGCGACGGCUCCGUGGUAUCCGUCAGUGGCAUCGACACUGGGCUACGUCACGUCGACAAUGGACGUUGUGCAGACGAGCACGCAGGACGUGGAGCUGUGCGGUGUGUGGGAAGCGCAUACGGAGCAAGCGUUCACGCUCGUCCCGCCGCCAUCUGCCUACGACAUGAUUGCGAUGAGCCAAGACCUCAUGGGCGUCCGGCUUGAGGCCCACGCGAGCACGGGCACGCAUCUCUUGGUGCGCGGCAACACGGCGUACACAUCGGGCGUGCAUUACUGGGAAGUGGCGAUCGAGGCGUGCAACCACGGCAGCGUCUUCCUCGGCGUCGCGGCGCCGAGCGUCUUGUCGCCACCGGACGGCUGGGGUGACUAUGGGUUUGUGAGCUACCGCGUCAAGUGGAGCCAGGCCGAGGGCGAACAGCUCUACGGUCGGUACUUCUCGGCCGGCGACGUUGUUGGGAUCCGACUCGACAUGGACAAGGGCACGCUGGCUUUUCUCAAGGACGGCGACGACUUUGUGCGGGGCCGGCCGGCCGUGGUCGACAUGGGCGUCGCCUUUCGCUUUCUCAAGUCGCAAGCUGGACGGAAAGCGUGUGCGUUUGGCCCGGCGUUUGGCCUCUCGUACCCUGGUGACGCGCUCUCUGUGCGUCGCACGAAAGGCCUCCAUCACCCGACACUGCGCCUGUCGGACCGCCUGCAUCACGCGCUGGAGGCGGCGCGCCUCGUCCAAGACUUGGCGUCGACCCAGCUGCUAGACGCUACAGUGUGGACGCGGGCACAGGCGAUGCACGCGUCCAUGACGUCGACAGGCUUUUUCCAGCCGCGCGUGCACCUCACUCGCGCGGGGACGCCGCUACGCGUGUCGGCAGCCAUGCGCGACGCGGCGCUGGUGACAACGCGCGGGCAAGCGACGCUCAGCACGCGGUAUGGCACGGCGCAGAUCCUCGGGCAAAUCGACGGGCGUGUGUGGUUUCUCAUCGAGGGCGAAGAAGGGGCGGGUGCGUGGUAUUGGCGGCUGCCCGAAGUGCUGGCGCUGUUGGACCAAGCGCCCAUGGAACAGGAGGCGGCGUGGAGCUGCGACGCGUGUACGAUGCUCAACGACCCGAACCUCUCCAAGUGCCAAAUCUGCGAAACGCCUCGGACGACGACGGUCCCCGACGACGUGCCACCGCCCAGCGACGCCGACGUGCAAGCGACCGCCGAUCCCUUUGUUGUGUACUCGACGACCCCCGACCCGCUUUGGCCGCUCGCGACGCCUGUCGCGCCGCUUACACCAGCGUUCGAAGCGCUCGUCGACGGCUCGAGCAGCUGGACCCGACAGCACGAUGUGAUGCUGGUCGCGCAUGUUGAUGCCCUCUGCGACGCACAGGCCACGGAGCCCGAGAACCUGGCGUGGGCCGAUGUGUGGGAGCACGCACGUGGCACGUUCAGCGGGUUUGACGCGUCGUUGGUCGCGGCACGGUUGGCGUGUCUUCUUGUCGUGAACGGGACGGUCGCCCAGCUGCUGCCGUUUGUCGACUUGCACGGACACGACUUGUUUGCGCUGCCGACCGCCGCCACAGCGGCAGCGCUCACGACGCUCCGUGAUGUGCUCUUUAAACGCAUCAAGAUUGCGUUUUGGCGCGACCUGCUCGCGAUCACGACGACGCACACGACGCCGCCGUCCGACGAGUACGACCGACCCGAAGGGCUUCGCGAAGUGAGUCUGAACCGGAUCCAAGCGCUCGAGCCGCACGGCGUGUACGACAAGACGAUUUUCGGCCAGCUCGCGACGGCCAUGACCAACUGGGACGCAUCAUCGCUCCGCCGGGCGUACACGGACGAGCUCCAGGACGCGGGGCAGCCCCGUGCGUUUUACGUCAAGUGCCUCGGCGAAGGCGUCGACGACCACGGUGGACCGUACCGUGCCGUGUUUCAAACAGCGGGCUGGGAAGAGCCGAUUGGUCCCGUCUUGCGCCUCUUUGAGCCGUGUCCGAAUGCAGUCCAAGCGUCGGGUGCCAACCAAGACAAGUACGUCGUGUCGCCAGGUGCAUCGCCGUCGCACCUCAAGUUUCUCGGGCGACUGCUGGGGCUUGCGAUGCGGCACCGCAUUCUCAUUCCGCUCAACUGCUCGGAGCUCUUUUGGAAGCCGCUCGUGAGCUUGCCGCUUGACCGAAAGGACUGGAGCGGCGUCGACACGAUGGUCGUCCGUGAGCUGCACGACCUCGAACGCCUCAGCGACGAGGAAGUCGCCGGUCUCGAGACGCACGAGAUCAUUGACCACUUGCUGCGCGUGGCCCAAGCCCCACUGGCUCCGCGGGACGACAUGUCGCUCACGAGCGCCACCUUGAUCGAAAUGGUCGAUGCGUGUGUGGCGCACCGGUUGGCGGCGCAGACGGCGCAGCUGCGACCGCUCAUGGAAGGUUUCGCGACCGUUGUGCCGCACGCAGCACUGAGCCUCUUUACGCCGACGCAGCUCGAGGAGCUCGUGUGUGGGUCGCCCGAGAUUGACGUCGAGCUGCUCCAGCGUAUCACCGUCUACGAUGGGGUCGAUCCGAACGACGCGCACAUUCAAUUUUUCUGGCAGUGCCUCACCGACAUGAACCACGAGCAGCGCAGCAGUUUUGUCAACUUUGUGCUGGCGCGGUCGCGUCUGCCACGGUCGCUGGAAGAGUUUACGUUGCAUUUCAAGAUCCAGGCUGCGGUCGUGGCCGAACACGCCAACCCCGACAUGUACCUGCCGCACUCGCAGACGUGCUUCUUCUCGCUGAGUCUGCCACGGUACAGCUCCAAGGCCAUUUGUAUGGAGAAGCUGCUGUAUGCCAUCAGCCACUCGCCGACGAUGGACGCCGACUUUAUCGACCGCGCGACGACGGGCUGGGAGCACGUUGCGACAUGAGUGCUCGCGUC